UUGACUUGCCGGUCUUUGCAGCUGAUCGCACGGCCUCCAUCGAUGUAUUCGGUUUGCCAACAAAGCCCCUCUCGAUGCGAUAGCGCCUCUAGAAACUCCCAAAAAAAAGUACUAGAUAUCUCGAUAUCCUUGGAACUACCAGGCAGGCAGUGAUGGCAACAGCGGAAUUGCCACCAGCAGCGGCACUGCUCCUUCUAGUGAGUCUACGUUGCGCCUUUGCCCGCAGUAACGAUCAAUCAAACACCGGGAAGAAGAGAGCCUGCCAUUUGGACUGUCUCUUGGCCUUCUCGUUCUUCGCUGCCAUCGGGUCGUUUCUGCAAGUCCAGAGCCAGGAUGUCGGUUCGCAGAUUUUGCAUCGACACGGACCACGACCUCGGCUGUCACGUAUACGGCAACCGGUAACGACUGUGGAAAAAGGCCAUAGGCGAGUAGGCCGCUCGAUGGAUGGUUACGGAAGAUCGGCUUGGGUAGUGCUUACUGCGCGUGGGUGGUGGCAAGGGCAUGGCACUCUGGGAGGACCGAGGUCUGCUGCAAUUCAGUAACUGGCUCGACGAACAAACAGGGUCGACAAAGUAGAUGGCUCAGCCACCCCAACUACGCCCCCAUACAGGCUCCCGAUAGAAUAGGAUCUUCCAGAGGGGAAUGGAUACAGGGCCGUGCUGCUACAUGUUGAUAACAAACAGAGUAUGCUUGAACAAUGUGGUGCAAAACCACGAAAAUACGAGAGUCGGACAAAUGUGAGUAUAUCUAGUAA